AUGCAGGGCUACUCCAACCUCUUUCAGCCCCACUCGCCGUUGCGGGCAGCCUACUUCCGCAUUCGCGCCGCCUGGCGGACGCGUACCAAAGGUCGUCCUCUUCCGCCCUCCCCGAACCCUUUGCCGAUAAUUGGAAACAUGCUCGACAUGCCGACGAAGAAGCCUUGGGUUGGGUUCCGGGAGCUAUGCGCUCGAUACGGUGAUGUUGUACACUUGCAGGUGUUCGGUCAACAUAUGAUCGUCCUCGACUCCGCAGAAGCAAUCACAGAGUUCCUGGAGAAGCGAACCAACAACACCUCCGAUCGACUAAUUGGAGUUGACUGGCUUGUUGGAUUGCUGCCAUAUGGUGACAUGUGGAGGAAGUACAGGCGGGCGUUCUGGCAAUAUUUUCACCCUAACGCGGUUUCCGCCUACCGUCCGGUGCAGUUAGCUGUCACACGCAAGUUCUUGGUGAAGCUACUGAGAGACCCCUCAGAUUUCAAACAACUCACUCGCUUCUCGUUCUCGGCCACGAUCCUGAAAGUUGGAUACGGGAUUGAUAUCGACGACCCCGACCAUCCGCUCAUCCGUGUAAUCGACGAUGCGCUUGAAGGGACUGCUCAAACAUUCAUCCCCGGAAGGUACCUCGUCGACACGUUUCCCGCGCUGGAAUAUCUUCCAUCCUGGAUCCCCGGAGCCGGCUUUCAAAAGCUGUUUGCCAAGUGGAAGGAGGCGACCUCGAUGUUACUUCGUAUGCCUUACGAGCAACGUAACGAAGCGUUUACCGAGGACGUCGUCCCAUACGAUCAAGCCAGCAUUUUGGAUUCGUUAAGUGCACGAAUACAAGCUGAAGAUGGGGACGCGAAGCUCAGUCAAGAACAGGAGGCGCUCGUUCAGAAAGUCCUCGGGGUUGCAUUUGAAGCUGCCAUUUUUCCCACUGAACACGUUGAAAAGACGAUUGGAAGCGUUUACGCCGCGUUCCUCGCGAUGUCCCUCUUCCCGGAAGUGCAAAAUCGCGCUCAAGCAGAACUGGACGCCGUCGUUGGCCCGCACCGUCUGCCAACAUUCGAAGAUCGAGACAAACUGGUAUACGUUAACGCACUCAUCAAGGAGUCGCUCCGCUGGCACAACAUCACCCCCCUCAGUAUCGCUCACAGAACGAAUGUAGACGACGAGUUCUGUGGAUACUUUGUCCCGGCAGGGACGGUACUCGUGGCGAACGUGUGGUCGUGCAUGCACGACCCCAUCGUCUACCCCGACCCGGACGAGUUCCGCCCGGAACGCUUCAUCCGCGACGGCAAGCUGGACCCGGACGUGCGCGACCCGAUGAAUUACGCAUUCGGGUUUGGCAGGAGGAUCUGUCCCGGCAGACACUUCGCCGACGCCGGACUCUUUCUCAACGUCGUCUCGGUGCUGCACGUCUUCAACAUCGGCCCGCCUGUAGACAGUGCUGGGAACCCCAUCAAGGUUGUGCCGUCGCAGUCUGACGGGUUCCUCUCGUACCCCGAGGACUGUCGGUGCACCUUCACGCCGCGAUCCGCCCAAGCGUCUGCGCUCAUUCUUGGCGGAGGAACAGCUGACGGACAUUGA